GAGAUAUUUUUUUUCCGAAAAUUAACAGUGCUUGAUAAAAUAUUAAAGGCUGUAUCUUUCCAUCUCUGAUAGAACCAAAAUACACACUAUGGCUUGCUUAUCCUGCCAUUGCACAACCAAAACACUGGUUUUUGCCUGUCUUCACAAUCCCACCAAUUGUAACGACUCUCCACCUCCAAAACCCAACACCACCAAUCCUAAUAAGCCUCCAAUUCCCAUAACUAAAAGGAAAACCAGACCCAGAAUCAGACAGCGCCAAAGCAAACUCCAGCAGCAGCUCAAUCUUAUCCGGAUUGAACGUGCCGUUGGCGCCGGCAGUUAUCGCGACUCUGACCCUACGGGAUCGGAGGAGAGGGACAGAGACUCUAUUUUUAAGGGUCUGUUGCCAAAUUCUGCUGGUGCAUUGGAAAGUCCAGUGGAGAAGAAGCUGCGUGAAACUGGAGAGUGGAUUGUUGAUAAGUCUGAGGGAGAAUUUCGUUCUUCUGCUCUACCUCUCGUGCUGGUCUAAUGUUGGUUCUUGCUAUCAUUUUUUCAGGUAAAAAAAUUUUGAUGUUUUUCUUUCAGUGGGUUCUGCCAAUUUACAUUUUCAUGUUCCUAGUGACUUCUGGAGUCAUAAGGCUACCCUUCAGCACGCCUCUACUUGAUGAUUUGCUCAUGUAAAAACAUCUGCUAACAUCUAAACUCAAAUUGUAAUUUCCACGGUCGAAGCUAGCAAACUGUAAUAGGCCAUCCAACAGCAUCUCCAUCCCUUAACGUGAUUCGGCUGAGAAAAACAGCAGAGUGGUAUCUCAGGUAAGCAGGUGUGUCAAUUGCCAAAUUCUGUUAUCAAAAAGAUGUUUAAGUUUGGAUAGUUGACCUAAUCAUGUAAAAUGCUUCAGGUCAAUUCUAUAUGUACCUUUACAUUUAUAUAUUGCUGGAAACCACAUUUCAAAAUUUUGUUGUAUCA